AUGGGCCAGUGUUUGAGGUACCAGAUACACUGGGAGGACCUGGAAGAAUACCAGGCCCUGACCUUCCUGACCAGAAAUGAAAUCCUGUGCAUUCACGACACCUUCCUGAAGCUCUGCCCCCCUGGGAAGUACUACAAGGAGGUGACCCUGACCGUGGACCAGGUCAGCUCCCUGCCGGCGCUGAGGGUCAACCCUUUCAGAGACCGAAUCUGCAGGGUGUUCUCUCACAACGAUGUGUUCUCCUUUGAGGACGUGCUGGGCAUGGCGUCUGUUUUCAGUGAGCAGGCCUGCCCCAGCCUGAAGAUCGAGUAUGCCUUUCGCAUCUAUGAUUUUAAUGAGAACGGCUUCAUCGAUGAGGAGGACCUGCAGAGGAUUGUCCUCCGACUGCUCAACAGCGAUGACGUGUCGGAGGACCUGCUGACCGACCUCACGAACCACGUCCUGAACGAGUCGGAUCUGGACAACGACAACAUGCUGUCUUUCUCCGAGUUUGAACACGCGAUGGCCAAGGCUCCAGACUUUAUGAACUCCUUUCGGAUUCACUCCUGGGGAUGCUGA